ACCCCCCCACACACCAUCCAUUCGUCUUCCCCUCUCCUUCCCGUCUCCUCCAUUGCACAUACACAAUAGAUGCUUCAUCAGCUGAUAACCCUUUGAUACCCUCAACCCUGAUGAUACACGGUAUUGAGCAUCAAUGCAAGGAGCAAGGAGGAAAGAACGGUGUGAUCUCAUGCAACACAUUCCAAGGAUGAGGCUGUUAUCCAUCCUUUGUGGCUUACUGGUGUUUAGAAGCCGCCUGGAAUUCUGCAGGGUUUAAAGGAUGAAAACAAUGCUCACCUGUGAGAAAGAAAACAUCGGAAACAUUCCUGUGUAAUCACAUUCAUGAAGACCGACAUUUCAGACUGUUAAGGCAUUUAAUCUGACGUUUCUGUAUUACUCUUGAGUCCUGCUUUUUACCAUAUUGGACAAUGGGGACCACAGAAGCCACCCUACGCAUGGAAAAUGCAGAUGUGGAGGUUAAAGAGGAAUGGCAGGAUGAGGACUUCCCCAGACCCCUUCCUGAAGAUACAGGGAUGGACACUCUUUGCAGCCCAACAGAAGAUGACAUUACAUCUUCUCCGCCAAGCACAUUAAAUGUCAACGGAUCACAUCGAAAACGAAAGACUCUUGUGGCUCCAGAGAUUAACAUUUCCCUUGACCGAAGUGAGGGAUCUGUGCUGUCUGAUGACUUGCUGGAUACCCCAGACGAUCUGGACAUUAAUGUAGAUGACAUUGAGACCCCAGAUGAAACUGAUUCUUUGGAGUAUCUGGGCAAUGGAAAUGAGCUGGAAUGGGAAGAUGACACACCUGUGGCAAAUGCCAAGAAUAUGCCAGGGGACAGUGCAGAUCUGUUUGGAGAUGGAGGCGCUGAAGAAGGUGGAGCCACCAAUGGACGGAUGUGGAGGACUGUCAUAAUUGGAGAGCAGGAACAUCGAAUAGAUCUACAAAUGAUUAAACCUUACAUGAAGGUGGUGACACAUGGAGGAUACUACGGAGAAGGUCUGAAUGCUAUAAUUGUAUUUGCAGCCUGUUGUCUCCCAGAUAGCAACUGUCCAGAUUACAGUUACAUCAUGGAAAAUUUAUUUCUUUAUGUUAUUAGCAGUCUGGAGCUGCUGGUGGCAGAAGAUUACAUGAUUGUAUACCUGAAUGGCGCCACACCACGGAGAAGAAUGCCUGGGUUAGGUUGGCUGAAAAGGUGUUAUCAAAUGAUUGACAGGAGAUUAAGGAAAAAUCUGAAAUCUUUGAUCAUCGUCCAUCCAUCCUGGUUUAUUCGCACAGUACUUGCGAUUUCUAGGCCGUUUAUCAGUGUGAAAUUUAUCAACAAAAUCCAAUAUGUGCACAGCCUGGAGGAACUAGAGCAAAUCAUUCCUAUGGAGAACGUACAUAUCCCUGAAGGUGUUUUCCAGUAUGAUGAAGAGAGAAUGAAAGCCAAGAGAUUACGAUCAGAAGAGAAGCAAGAAAGUUCCGAGCGAGGAAGCCUACCACAGACUGAAAAUGUAUCAGGCAAGUGAUUCCAUGAACAUAGAAGAAUUCACCAAGGUAAAACCUUUGAAAGCAACCUUUGUUGGAUGAAGAAUUUACUUGGACCUCCAUUAGUCGAAUCCAUGGACUUUAUCAAAACAACAUUUUAAGAUCGGGACAAUAUAUGUAUUACAAAAUACACUUUCAUCUAACUACUGGCGGGAAUACUUGGUUUUUACCAAAUCUGAUCAAUACAUUUGUGAACAUCGAUAUGCUAGUCGAUUGUCCAUAAUGUUUUAUUACAUUCCAUAACUCCCCUAUAUGACAAGUCACCAACAAGGAGAAAGAGCUGUCGUCUAUGCCAGAAGGACAGCUGUCAUGGCACCAAGUCGGUAUGAACGCGUUUUGUUACAGUGUUUAUCCCACUGCCAGAUACAUUUCUUUCUCUCCACAAUAUCUUGGAAUAUCUUGAAAUAAGGUAUGAGUAAGUAUAACAAAUUUCAAGUAGCACUUAAUAUUUGUUAUUGAACGAAGGCACUAAGGACUUUGGGGUAUAUGCACUAAAGGUUGGCCACGUGUGAUGCAUGGUAGAAUCUGAGAUUUUGCCAACGUCUUCUCACCCAUUGAGUUAUGCAUUAUGCAAAGCCAACUCAGCACUUUAUUGCUAGAGAAAAUUAGCAGUGUUGGCCAUUUAUAAUAGUGGAUCGAAGAAGUAGAAACCACAACUCUUCUGCCAUAUCUCUCCCUUUAGUGAAUAAACCCAAGUUGCAAGUUAUGCUUGCAAAUUUUAUGGCUGUGGGUUAAGAAGAUACUGCAACUCAACAGUAUAAUGUAAGGCAGAAUUGUAGCAAAGGACAAAAAAAAAAGUCUAGACAUAGUAGUAUACUGAGAUUUUAUUCCAUAUGGAAUUUGGUUAUCAGUUGAAAUAGCUUGGUCCUCUGUCUUGCACAAGUGGUUGUUCCACCCUUGCCCAUACCUGCAUAGUACAUUUAGAUGCUACCUCUAAAAUGUAGGCGUUGGGACGUUAAGCUUUAGAGCUUUCCUUUGACGAGUCACCUUCUUUCUAUUUGCUGCCUUUUAAAAUAUAUGAUUUUUUCUCACAGUAGAGGACACUUUAUAGUUUUUGUAACUGGAAGCAUAUGUGUAUCCCGGACCGAGAAUAAGAGUUUGGGGUGGUCUGAAAAAAAUUAAAGAAUAUAUGGAGCUCAAAAUGUAUUUUGUGUUAAAUAAGCAUUACAGAGAGUGUUGUUAUCAGAAGAAGACUAAAUACAUGUUCAACACAUUUUAAAGCCCAACAGUUUCAUAAGGUGUUUAGAAGCCAGAAAUUUGACUUUAUGUAUUAAUCCGUUAAGACUGUUUAUUACACUAAUGGUACAUAUAGAUAGUAUUAUAACACAAAAUUAAGCAGAUGUUUCAGUUUCACAAGUUUUAUGUUAUUAAAGUUCAUUGUACCUAAUAA